GUUGAACAAUUAAUUGAUCACUGAAAGAUUUUCUUUCUAUUUCAUUUGUUACCUUUUCCUUAAUUUAAUUGUGUGUAUGUAUUGAGAAACAAUCAGCAACCUUUACUUGUCUACCUGUGUGUAAAUAGAAAUACUCACAUGUACCAUUGGAUAAAUCGCAACAUGUUGGGCUACAUUUUACAAGAGGAACGAUUGUUCAAAAUUUUCAACAAUUCGUUGACCAAAACGGUCUCUAAGGUGACCCUUUCCCUUGUUGGUAUUUAUGCUGCUGUUAAAUUGGCGAUGUGGCUUAGGGUCAUCGUGUUGACCAUCCACCGGGAUCUCAGAGGUUUAUACUAUUUGACCAAGACAAAGAUCACAAUGGCUCUUCAUCGUCGACGUAACAUGACUGUAGCUAAAUUGUUUAAGAAAACAGUAGCUGAACAAGGUGAUAAAGCGAUUUUCUUUUAUCAAGAUGAGGUUUGGACUUUUAAAAGGUUGGACUCGUUUUCCAAUAAAGUGGCCAACAUAUUCACUGAAUUAGGAUUCAAUCAUGGAGAUGAGGUUGCUCUUUUCAUGGAAUCAAGGCCUGAAUACAUUGGUAUCUGGCUUGGAUUGGCUAAAAUGGGAAUUGUAACCGCGUUAAUCAACACCAAUCAACGGAAAGAAUCCUUAAUUCAUUCAAUACUUACCAUUGAUUCAAAAGCGGUUAUUUUUGGUACAGAAUUGAUCGAUGCUAUUGAUGAAAUUCAUCCAAUUCUCAAAUCUCGCCGAGAUUUGAAAUUCUUUUCCUAUGGUAAUCAAGUUAAAUCUAAUUUUCCUCAUCAUGAUCUCAACGAAUUGUUAAAAGAGGCAUCAGAUGCUGAUCCGAUUAACAUUAAUUCUGGUAACUAUGAAGAUAAAAUUUUGUACAUUUACACUUCGGGCACGACGGGACUUCCUAAAGCGGCGGUCAUCAAGAACUGUCGAUUCAUUUUCGUUGCCACUGGAAUCGGAAAUUCGAUGGGAUUUGGUUCGAAUGAAAUAAUCUACACUUGUAUUCCUCUUUAUCAUCUAUCGGGUGGUAUCAUUGGAUCAGGCCAGUGUCUUCUAAAGGGAAACUCAAUGGCCAUUAGACACAAAUUUUCAGCGAAAAAUUUUUGGACCGAUUGUAUUAAAUAUCGAUGUACUUCCGCUCAGUAUAUCGGUGAGAUAUGUCGAUAUUUACUCUGUCAACCCGAAUCAGCCGUUGAUCGGGCUCAUAAUGUUAGGUCAAUGUUUGGAAAUGGAUUGAGAUUAAAUAUUUGGAAAGAUUUUGUGAAAAGGUUCAACAUUGAACGAGUUCUUGAAUUUUAUGGUGCAACUGAGGGCAAUGCUCAUGUUGUUAACGUUGAUCAUAAAGCUGGAGCUUGUGGAUUUAUAUCGCAAAUUUUACCGGGAGUUUUGACUGACCUCUUUUAUCCUGUUUCCAUUAUAAAGGUCGAUGAAAUUACCGGAGAUCCGAUUAGAUCGGCUAAUGGACUUUGUAUUAGAUGUCGAGCCGGUGACUCAGGUGAAUUUGUUGGUAAAAUAAUUACCAAUGAUCCAUCCAGAGCUUUUGAUGGGUAUGCUAAUCAAGAGGCUUCCGAUAAAAAGGUUUUACGAAAUGUUUUCCGUCAAGGUGAUGCUUAUUUUGCCUCCGGUGAUUUGGUUACUCUGGACGAGUUGGGCUACGUUUUUUUCAAAGAUCGUACCGGGGACACAUUCCGAUGGAAGGGUGAAAAUGUAUCAACCACUGAGGUCGAAGCGGUUAUUGGUAAUCACUUAGAACAUGUUGAUUGUGUUGUCUACGGGGUGGAAAUACCGGGCUGCGAGGGUAGAGCAGGUAUGGCAGCGAUUCAUGAUCCAGAAGAUAAGAUCAACUUGUCCCAAUUAUUGAUCGAAAUGAGAAAAGUAUUACCAAACUAUUCGAUACCCAUAUUUGUCCGUAAAUGUCAAAGCUUCACCCAAACGGGCACCUUCAAACUGCCCAAAGUGACCCUUAGAAAUCAAGCCUACAAUCCGACCCAAGUGUCCGAUCCACUGUAUUACUAUGAUGUUAAAAGUUGCCAAUACCUUAAACUUGAUGAAAAGAUUUACUCACAAAUUUUAUCCGGUUCACUGAGAUUUUGAAGUUUCCAAUGGAUCUCCUUUAAUUGUUGUUAAUUAAAGUGCAAUAUUAGAUUUUUUUGUUUUUAUUUGCUAAGUAAUCGUCUCACAAUCAAAGCCUUAAUUAUUACAAAUUAAUGAUGAACAAUUUAUACUCACAAUCAUCAUCAUCAUUACUACUAAUCACUUGUAUCAUCAACAAUCAGCCAAAUCCAUGGACUUCUAAUUAUGUGAUCAACCAACAAUCAAUCUCUAUUUUUUUAAUCACAAAUUAAAUUAAAUUUUGUUAUAAAUAAAUAAAAUCUAUUAUUAUUAUUAAUCAA